AGGGCCGCGGCUAACCAACAGCCCAGCUGUCUCGAUACGUCUACCGUGGCGCUCAGUUCAAGUCGUGAUCGCGUGUUGGCUGGUAGCGGCGGCGGAGACCAGGCUAGCAGACCAGCAGACCAGCAGACUACCAGACUAGUAGACCAGCAGACUUGCAGACUUGCAGAGUCGCCGGCGAGGAACCAUUGUUUUCUGCACAACUGCAACUGAGGAGGCGCGAGAGGCCGCCACAUGCUGCAGUCCGUGUCGCCGCGGCUGCCGGCGGGGGCGGUGUCCCGGGCGCCCCGCAUCAGCCCCGAGCAGGAGUCCGCCCUCGAGGCGCAGUUCCGGCGCGUCAAGAACCCGCACCCCACCGACCUGGAGCUGCUGGCCGCCGAGACGGGACUCGACGAGCGGGACGUGCAGGUGUGGUACGCGCAGAGGCUGGCCGCAUGGAGGCUGGAGCAGGGGCUGUCCCCCAGCAAGGCGACUCCCCUCCCCCGCUGAGAAGCCGCUGGUGUCGCCGGCAGCCAGCGACCGCUACAGGACACAUCUCGACCGCCAUCACCGCUCUCCCAGCUCAUCCUCCUGCACGGUCACCUCAACAAAUCAAAAUUUAAACACGAGCGAAUGUAAUGCAACGUUUUCCCACAAUUCGCAGGAACGUACUGUUGAGAGGUAAAACCUUUUCAGAUAUAAUCAACAGUUGAUUUAAAAAGGAAAAUUUUCAACUCUCUAAGCUAAAAUUAUUACUGUAAACUGAAGGGAGGUGCCAAGAACCCAAAAUGUGAUUCCUUACUUUCUCGCGAGUUUCGUGACCCAUGAGCUGAGGACACCGUGAAUACAGUCCUUUCCAAUCAUCAUCGCCACCCCAUUCAUUUGCGGCAGUAUGAAUUAUACUGCCAGUAUUGCAAUUAUGAGGAAAGUCUUGAUAAAAUCCACAAUAAAUCUUCAUAGUUAAUUUUUUCAAGCAAAGUCCAUAACAAUUGCUGAAAUUUGUGGUGUACUUCUGUUUUUAAUUUCAAUUCCACCUGAUGCACUGGUCUUGUGGAGGAAGUACACUCUUUAAUGGCUUAACAUCUGUCAUGCAUAAAUUCAGUGCUAUAAUGUCAAUUGGCACUCUUCUGCUAUUCAAGCAUCAACUUUCUUUUAUCUUAACAUUUGCUUGCAUCACGUACAAUUAAUUGUACACUAUUUUGAAAUGCAUUUUGUAAAAUAUGAUUGAAAGAACAAAUUUCUAAUCUUUCAAUCUAUGUAAACCUUUCAAGCAGUAAUAAUAAUAAUUAUUUGCAUAUCUUGAAAAGUUUUUUUAUACAAAUUUGGAAAAAAAAAAUAUAUCCUGUACACAGCUCAUUUAUUCAACCGAGAAGUUAAAUUUUCCCAUAUUUCAGGCUGUUGAUAUUAUCACAUGGAAAACUUCGAACUUCAUUCUGCCCAGCCAACGAACUCUAGAGCACAACUCGUUUUUGCGCUGUCGGACAGGGACAGCUCUUGAGUUCCAAGUCGCAGUCUGACAGAAAAAAAAAUCAACACUGCGGGCCAUUCAAAUGCUAGACUAGUUCAGAAGAAUACGUGUAGCUAGCACGGACAUGCCAGUAGAUUCUCGCUGCAAAUGUCUCUUCACACAAGCAUUAGUUUUAGAGCAAACAACUGUGUUGAUUGUAAUAAAAAAUAAAUAACAUUUUUAUACUACAGUGAAGAGCAAUAAUAAAGAAACCAAAGUAGUUAUACAAAUAAUCUUAAGGAAGAUUGAACCCUGCCACCUGGGAUUUUUCUUAAUGCUUGGAACUUGGUCACAUCUUGCAGCUUACAUUUCGUAAAUGAUUCCAAUGCAAGGUUUCUUUUGUUCUCUUUUCUCGUACUCAAAGAACCUGGUUUCCACUGAAGCGUGUCUCAUCUUUAUUUUACAGUGUUCACUUUAUGGGCAUUUACUCUCUCUUUCCCAUGCACGAUGCAUGCCAUUAGCGCUGUCUUUCUUUCGGUUUGCUCUUUGCCAGAACUCACACCAUAGAGCACAACAGUUCAUGCAUAAUUUGAAACAUUGUAUUUUGUGAAGAAAAAUUUGGAAUGAGAAUCUGGGAAGUACUUUUUUGUUGUCGAGAAAUACCUUUUAUUUUUGUCUCAUAUUCAAUUUUUUUUUUCUUUUAAGGAGACGGAGCUGAAAGACGCCACCUUGGUUUUUAAAUGUGUUUUUGUCAAAAAAUGUUUUAUAUAAUUUAAUAUUAAAAAUGUUUGUUCUGUUCGAGCACAGCACAUAAUUUAAUGAAAUGCCUCGUCAUUAACACAGACUGGCUUCUUUAAAUAGUUUCGCCUGUAAAAUAAUAACUGGUGUUAGGUCUUAGAAAAAUCAACAAAAUAGUCAAAUUAAAACAUAGUAUUUGAACUUACUAUAAUUAACAAUGAUAUAUCAGACUGGCACCAGUGGCCACCACUUAAGACUUUACUGCAAUAUAAACAUGAGACAGACUAUUAUCAUUCUUCUGUGCUUUCAGUCCAUAAGCUCUUGGUGCAAUUACAACCCGAUUUUACAAAACACAUACACGAGUUACAGCAAAGAAUGUAAAAACCCCAAGACAGCAGGCGCAAAAAAGCUUUGCGUUUGCGUACGACUAGCAACAUAAUAUGUGUGUGUACAUUACUUUAUAAAUAUCAACACAUUUAUAACUAUUAUGGAAUUUAUGAUGUUAAGUAUUUAAAAAAAAUGUAUAUGUAUCAUAAAAUUUGUUAAAAUAUUAAAACUGGUAUAUUUUUAUGUUACCCAAGUGCAGACACAAA